AUGCAUCUCCCCAAACUCCCCCCAAGCGCAACCUACAUCCGUCUAUCCAACCCCUCCAAACGCAACGCCCUCAGUCUCCCCAUCCUCCAAGACCUCAAAACCCAACUCACCAAAGCACUCACAUCACCAACCACAGGCCAACUACGUCUUCUGCCACCGUUCAAAGACAACAUCCUCAAAGAUCUAGAGAAAGCCGUGCGCGGCAAAGACACGGCCAGUGAUGCGUGGAAGAAGUACGGAUGGCUUGUGAAUGCCUCGGAGUGGAAGAGAGAGCGCGCUGGUUUGCCUGAUGUGCUUGUUCUUCGGAGCGAGGGCCCGGUGUUUUCGUCUGGGCAUGAUCUGAAGGAACUUGCUCAGCUUAGCCAUGACGAUGUCAAACUGCUCUUUAGUCUCUGUGCAGAGGUUAUGGGUUUGAUCAGACGCAGUCCUGCCCUUGUUGUCUGUCCCAUUCAAGGUCUCGCUACGGCUGCAGGUUUCCAACUUGCCAUGACGACGGAUUACCCGAUUGCUCUGCCCGACACCAAAUUCUCAUUACCCGGUGCUAAAAUCGGUUUACCGUGCACCAGUCCAUCCACCGCUAUAUCGCGCCGUUUACCACCCGGGGCAACACACAGACUCCUCGCGACUGCAGAGCCCAUCACAGCAUCAGAAUACCCCGGCGCAGUUGACGUGGUAAAGGUCUCGCAAAAUGACAAACCCGAAGAUGUCUUCGAGGAUCGUGUGGCAGUUGUGAUUAACCAAUUAGCGUCUAUGUCUCCACAACAGCAAGCUGUUGGGAAAUGGGCCUACUGGACUCAACUUGGUAUCGGAGCGUUGAAUAGUGAAGAGGGUGGUGAUGGGUAUGAGACGGCGGCGCGUUGGGCGGGAAGGGUCAUGGCUUUGCAUGCGAGGAGUGAGGAUGCUAAAGAGGGUAUUGCUGCAUUCUUGGAAAAGCGUAAACCUGAUUGGACAAGUAAGUCGAAGUUGUAG